AUGGCAGCUGCAGACACAUUUGUUCAGUUUGCAAAUAAGAAGAUCAAAGAACAGGAUGAGGACACAGAGCUGGAGGAGGUGGAAGCCACUCUGCCACAGAAAGGAUCAACAGACUAUGGAUCCACCUAUGAGAGGAUGAAUGACAAAGUGGGAUCUAAGACUGUGCUGAGUUACCUGUAUGUCUGUCCAUCCAACAAGAGAAAGAUAAUGGUGCUGACAGACCCUGAGAUUGAGAGCAGUGUGCUCAUCAGCUCAGAUGAAAGAGUGAGCUAUCAGAAAUACCGCCUCAGCUUCUACAUCCUAAUCCUUCUGUUCCAUCCAACACAGGAGGACUGGGCUCUAGGCUACAACCACGAUCAGAAGUUGUACGCCUCCCUGGACUUUGGGAGUAAAUAUCCGCUGGUUCAUGAGCAUGUGAAGAGGUUCUACUGGUCUGUAACGGGUCUAGACAAGGAGUCAGAUCUGGUUAACAUGGAACCUGAUCUUGUGACGCCCAACACGUACUCGGCAGCUUGUUUACAACCCCAACCCAUAAGAUACAUCAUCGCUGCAGUGCCAGAGUGGAACCAGAAGGACACAUACAACCUGUACCUCUCCGACACCCUGGCCAUGGAGAAUGUCAAGACCAACCAGAUGCUGGACCUGUAUGAGGUAGCAGGUAUCAAAGGCAUGCUGGUCGAUAACAGGAGGCUAGACAACCAAGUGAAGAUCUACAUCACCUACAACAAGGGCCGUGAUUGGAGGUUCCUGCAGGCCCCGGCGACAGGCCUGGCUGGCAACAACACCCACUGUUUUCAGCCUUUCUGUUCGCUCCGUCUCCAACUGCAGACGUCUGAAAACCCCUAUGUGUCAGGUAGCAUAUCAACCAAGGCCUCAGCACCGGGAAUCAUAGUUGCCACAGGGAACAUUGAGUCUGAGCUUGUUGAUAUUGAUCACAUUCUGUAUGUGAUUUGUUAUAGUGAUUAUGGUUAUGAACGGCGUAGAGAAGGGAACUGUCUACCAGCGUUCUGGUUCAACCCAGCUGUUGUAUCAAGGAGCUGCAGCCAAGGACAGAAGUACCUCAUCAGCACAGGGUACCGAAAAGUGGUGUCCAACAACUGCACCAAGGGAGUCAAGGACAUGUACACACCCAGGAAGCAGAUGUGUCCCAACAGGGCUCCAAAAGGCCUUUCUUUCUCCACCAGAGAGGGCAAGCUUACUGCCGACCUGCUCACCAACGUCACCUUCCUAGUGCAUCUGGAUGAGUCUGAAUCAUCCACAUCUGAAUCAUCCUCUGUGUUUGUAUCAGGUCCUGUGGAACAUGUCCAGCUGCUGGCUGCAUUUGUGGCCAUCAAGAACAAGGCAGUAAACCUAACAGCAGUGGUGUGGCCCAUCCACUCCAGGACCCUCACCUACUUCUGGUGGCUGGGGAACAGCAGUGAACCGGUGAUCAGCUUAGACGGGAGAAUCUCAUACACCUUCACCAGCGAGGGAAUGAACAAUGUUACGGUCCAAGUGUCUUCAGCCAACACCAUACUGCAAGACACCAAGACGAUAGCAGUCCAAGGUAAGGAUCAGUACUACCUCUCGCUCUCAGAUCUCCCUAAUCAAAUUAUUCUACCUGAUGUAAUGCUAAUUAACACAUAUAGCAGCCAUCUCACUUGGUAUGCAACGUUUGAGGGUACUUUACAUUUGAGUAUGUCAGGAUAUAUGAGAAGAGGACAUUUCCCCAAUUAUCUAAAAAAGCACUUGUGUGAUCAAUCAUCUCCACUCGUCAAACCGUGAGCAUGCGCAUACGCACACACUCACACACACCAACAUCUCUGUCAGCUUUCCCACCCAUCAGAAGGCCAUUAGAGGAAGGAAACAACCAGAACAUAGAUCAGGAGUUUAAUUAACCCUUUCAUGUGUGAGUUCCAAAUGUCUCUUAACGGUCGCCCCAGCGUGAGUUUUUUUUAUGCACGUGAUGUUAGAACGUUCUUUCUAUUCCAGAAUGUGAUUGUAACAGUACAUUUAAUCCGCGCUGCCCUCAAACCAAGGCACUGUUUUUAUUUGUGUCCAUUUCAAAUUAUUUUCU